CGGCUGUCCUGCAUUUGAGUCACAGUUUGAGAAGAACAAAGUAUGUCUGAUGUUUGUACAUGAAUGCUUUAUCAAAGGUUGAGCAGAGGACCUUUGUUCACAUAAAUAUCCCGGACAGUUGAGCAGGUCUCCAGUAGCCCAGGACACCAAAAUUCACAACUGGUGGCCAGUUCAACAUGGCUCUGUCAGUUUUUGCCACAGCAGGAAUAAUUUUUCUACUUUUCACCUCCACCUCAGCUCAAAUCAGAGGAGAUAACCAUGCAACAUGCAACAUGAAUGAUGGCUUUGGAAAGUACUGUCCUACUACAUGUGGAGUUGCUGAUUACCUGUUCACGUAUUUACCAGUCGUAUAUGAAGACCUGGCCUCAAUGCAAAAUAACCUGGAGCUGAUUGCCAAUUUAACUCGAGGGGCUGAUGAAACAAUCACAUACAUGAAAGACUCAACAGCUUCAGCUCAAAAGUCUUCCCAGCCUGAUCCAAACUACAAGAAAUCCUCCAGUAUGCUGGACGAUGUCUUGCGAUAUGAAAACACAAUACUUGCACAAGAACAGCAAUUCAUUGAACUUCAGAAUGUAAUCUUGUCCAAUGAGAGGAGGAUGGGAGACUUGAAGAAACUGGCCCUUCAGCUGCAGCAGAAAUGCAGUGAGCCCUGCAGAGACAUGGUCCAAAUCCAACCCAUCACAGGAACAGACUGUCAGGAUGUUGCAAACAAAGGUGCCACCACCAGCGGUCUUUACUAUGUGAAGCCAAGCAAAGCACAGGCGCAGUUCUUGGUCUAUUGUGAGAUUGACAACUUUGGUCGUGGCUUCACCGUAAUACAAAGGAGACGUGAUGGGAGCGUGGACUUCUUCAAAGACUGGAUUCAGUACAAGGAGGGCUUUGGAUAUCUCUCCCCAGAUGACACAACAGAAUUUUGGCUCGGUAACGAAAAGAUCCACCUGCUGACGACCAGCUCAACCCUCCCAACCGUGCUGAGGGUUGAGCUUGUGGACUGGGAGGGUAACAAAAGGUAUGCCGACUACAAUAUGUUCAGAAUCGGCUCCGAGGCUGACAUGUACCGACUCACCUAUGGUUACUACUUUGGUGGUGAUGCUGGCGAUGCCUUUGAUGGCUACGACUUCGGAGACGACCCCAGUGACAAGUUCUACACAUCACACAACGGCAUGCAGUUCAGUACUCACGACAAGGACAACGAUAAGUAUGCAGGAAGCUGUGCCCAGCAGGACGGCUCAGGGUGGUGGAUGAACAGAUGUCACGCUGCACAUUUGAAUGGAAAAUAUUAUCCAGGUGGCAGGUACAGCGAAAAGGAUGCCGGUGAGUACGGCUUCGACAACGGCAUUAUUUGGGUCACAUGGCACAAUCGUUGGUACUCCCUGAAAGAAACAACCAUGAAGAUCAUUCCCCUGAGCCGCAUCACAGCAGGAGGUGGACAGCAGACUGGGGUCAAACAAUUUGGAGGACUUGGAGAUGUUUAAACCAGAGAAAUGUUUGUAGUCUGCGUUUAUUGACAACUCUUAAAUCAACUCUGAAUAAAAAGCUUCUAAUUUUCAGGUGUACCCUUAUAAUGUUUGCAUAUUUUGCUUAUCUGUUAACGGGUUAGCAAAAUAUGUUAAUAUGAUCUAACAGAGGUUCGUUCUUCUUUUAUUUCACCUGCUGAGUAUGAUAGGUGCCAUUUUAUGAGGUCCUUAGACCUACUUUUUGUAAAUCUAAAAAAUAAGAACUUUUUUUCUAACUAUACUGUUAAGAAAAGAAUGUACAAGCAAAAGUGCAUACAUUAAAUAAAUGGUUACCAUUUU